CGGAUCGGAUUGCAUGCGCCACUCGCGAGCCGCCGUUUUCGCCCUUUUCACUACGAUUUUUUUCCCUUGCUGGUUGGCCCUUUCAGCUGUUUUAUGACCGACAACAAGUGACACCGGUGUGUUGACAUUUCCGUUUUAAAGACUCUUACGGAAAUUCGAAUGAAAAUUUGAUUUGAGUUUCGAAGCUCCACACCCACAUAGCAGCUAUGAUUUCGGAGGUGUAGAUUUUCUUUGGGUUCUUCUUGAAUAUCAAAUAUGUCAAGUGACCACCAAUCGCGAAAAAUAUUGAUGGACAACGUUGUUCAGUGUGCCGCAGCUAAUGAACGGAGCAAACAUUUGAGUGACUAUCGGUACUGUUCGGUAAUUAGACUUAAAUCGCAGACGGUGUGAUCAAAACAGAAACACAACAAUAAGCACGCCCACCUGUCCGAUCCGAUCGGUCCCACAGCCAGGUCGAAGGAGGCCUUUGCAACAACCGAAAUAAAAAGACAACGCGGAUACUCUCGAUUCCGAACGGGUGAGGGAGGGUGGAAAACAAAAAAAGGUAGGCGGUGCAUGCGAACCGAAGCGAGUGAAAAUUUACCGACACUAGUGCGUCAACCCCAAACGAGAAGCAAUCUGUCAAGUUAAUUUGCGACUGUCAACGAAAAAGUAUAUACAAGUAAAACAAUAGAAUUUCCACGUUUGAAGAAGAAAAAAAAAACAAAUCCGCGCCGCGCGGUUUUGUUCGGUGCACUACGUACGCGUAGUUGGUGCUGCAAAACGCGACCCAGCCGCGUUUAUUGUUUGUUUAUGUUUCGCAUUAGUGAUUCAUUUUGUGAGAAGCUGUGUGUAGCACGUCCCUGAGUUUGAAAAUUCAUACCAAGUAUUAUAAAUAAAAGGCUAUAGGAAAGCGAAGCAAAGUGAAGAAAAUUUAAAAAAAAGUUAAUCGUCGAAUCGGUGGCGCCAGCUCAGUGAUAAAAAAAGGAGGCAAAACAAGAGAAAAUCCUGAGUAGUAAUAAAACGUGUUGCAGCGCACAAGUGUGGAAGAAGCAAUCGGGAAAAGUGCGCUCGCAUGAAAAUACCAACAGCAGCAACAUCACCAACCAAUAUUCCGUGAUCUUCUCCGUGAGAUUCGUGCAAGAGGCAAUCUUAAACUACCUACUCUACUAGUAUAUGAUUGUCGGAAAACACACGACGACGACGAAGGCGAAGCCGGAACGCGCAACCGCAGUCGGAAUCGGAAAUCGGAAAACCGUGUCUAGCUAGAGAGUUGCAGGCGACGACGGCUGUAACAGAUCUUCUGCACAGAAAAUCAGCUGGCGAGCCUGUCACAACUUCAUCCAGUUACCAACGACCAUUUACGGUGUGAAACCGGUGCCACGGAAGCCUCCAGUUCUAGUUAUCUCAAGUGUGUCUUCAGAAAGUUGCUAAAACUCUCAAAGGAUAACACCGGUUGCAGAGCUCAACCACAACCACCAGAUUCAGACAACGGAACGCCAAACUAACAGGUUCCAGGAGGCUUCUCGUCUGCAAGAAGUGGACUCGUUCCGGAAAGUUUCUAAUACCCUGUGUGUGCGAUUUCACGCGUGUCUGGAAGUUGCCCUCAGCAUCAUCAUCAUCAUCUCCGAGUAGCGACGAGAAACCAAAAUCAAACUCUACUAGUAUCUGCACAAGUCGUCGCAGUGCAAAACAAACGCAUAAAUUAUUCCAAGUAAUCGGGGCCACCUCGAAGCAGCAGAAUUGGUUGAUGCCAGGAGACGCAGCGGCAUCACCAUCGAAGGCAGAAUCCGGAGAGUAUCACUAGUUAGCGGCAACAAACCGAAAAGUGCAGUCCGCCAUUAAACUUUGACCUUGUAUUUGCGGCGCCGCCAUUGCGAAAAAAAAACGAAGAAACAAAAAGUUCCCCAUUCUCGACGGUAUCAACCGAGAAUACUGGCCGACCAAAGUAAGAAGAAACCUGAAGAAACAGAACCAGGAUUUGUGCUACAUUGUGAUUUUAACCCCCUAUUGUGUUAAAUAUACACACAAUCUCAAUCCAAUCUUACAAGAAGCAAAGGGGAACCAAGCUUGAAAAGUGAAUCGUAUUAAACGGCUGAUUUUUUUUUUUAAUUUUUGAUUAUUUCUAUUUAAUCCUACUAUUUAAAAAGUAACCAAAACGACUCGCCUUUUUCGAUUUGUCGGGAAGCAUCGCCAAACGAAACAAAACUACGACGACGACGACGACGACGAAGAAUUAAAAAAAAAUCCCUCGAAAGCGUUCGACGAAUAAUUCAAUCUGUGAUUAUAUAUAUUUUUGUUGUUAAUUUUAAAAGUAAUCGCCUUUUUAAUCAACGUAAAAGUUACGUUGCGUGUUGCUAAAAUUAAACACGGCAGUAAAAAAAAAGAGUCCUUUCUCGUUUCUGUGAGUGUGAGCUAGUGUGUAGUUUUUCGUACGAGAAAUUCGAUACGGGAAGGGGAAGAAGUAAACCGCGAGUGAAAGUCAGCACAGAAAAGGGCAAAAGCACUAAAAGUGCACCACACCACGUGCUAUAAAAUUUAAUAUUACCCCCCGCAAACAACAAGAAGACCCAACAUGUUCAACUCCAACCUCAGCCUGACGGUGCCGCCUCUUUUGGGCAUCGAUGGAGGCGUCUGCACCACGCCCAGGACACCGGAAAUUCUCAACUCGCUGAUGGCCAUGACAAAUCCCCUGGAAUAUUCGUUCCCAGUGACCAGCAACACCAGCAGUAGUAACAACAGCAUCAUCAUUAACAACAACAACAACAACAACAAUGGACAAUCCACGUGUGGUGGCACCAUUAACUCCAGUGUGACACAGGCUUGCCACGACAGUCAUUCCAACAGCUCCGAUUCACCGCUGGAUUCACCUGCCGGCCAUGGGAAGACGCCGAGCGUACAACAGACCCGCUCGCAACUGAUCAAGGCCGGCGUAAAGUUGCUGAUCCAGAACAAGCGCAAACACAGCGGCUGCGACUCCAGCGACGGCAACGAAUCCAGCAAUGGAGCGAUCUUCGGCUCGCUAAUCGGAAGCAGUGCUGGAACCGUGUGUGGCAGCAAUGAAGUGUCUUCCACCGUUAACACGCCUAAUACCACUGCUGCUGUUAUCAGCACAACGAGUACUCCUAGAAGUGGGGCAGGUAAGGGUGGCCGUGCUAGGAGGUCUCCAGGGGGUGGUUCAGCGCCUGCGAAGAAACCCCGCCACGAUACCGACUCGCAUCUGACCAGUGAAGACGAUGGCGAGAUGAUGCGUGGCAAUACCAGCGGUUGUUCGUCCGGGUCGAUGUCCGGUGGUGGCAAGCAUCUUCGCCCUGAUUUAACACCAGAGGACGAAGAUCGUCGCCGUAGACGCCGAGAGCGGAACAAAAUUGCCGCCACCAAGUGUCGUAUGAAGAAACGGGAACGAACGGUCAACUUGGUGAAUGAAUCGGAAACGCUGGACGCGCAGAACAAAGACUUAAAGUCGCAGGUUACUGAACUGGAAAACCAGAGGAGAAAGCUGAUCGAGAUGUUGCAGGCGCACAGUCCCAGUUGCGUGCAUCACAAAGGUUAUCAGCCGUUGCCGAGUUUGUCUACCAUUAUCAAUAACAAGUUUACCAGUGAUAUGAGCUUUUUGGACGGACCCAGUGAAAUCAAAUAUUCCGAGUGUCUUAAGGCGUCGAAUGACAUUGGCGAUAGUGGGCUACCUCCGGGUUAUUGCAAGCUUUCGCCGACUGAAGUCAACUACGCCACUCCAACCGAUGUUAUGGACGUCAAUAGCUUUAACAAUCAAUCGAUGAAAUCUGAAUACAUUCCAAACGUACAACCGCAACAACAAGAACGACCAGAGCAACCCACACGAUCGAAACCGGGACCCAAACCACGGCAGAGGUCAACAAAACGCACAGUUACAGUUACCACUACGACAACCAUCACCGAACAGCUGCCUCCAAUAUCCGUCCCAGCCGCUAGUCUACCCAGUGCAGAUUUCAUCCUGAAGAACGAACUCAUUGACACGAGCAGUCCUUAUACGACGGUACAAUCGGCGGAUCGCUUCCUGUUCGAAAACUCUUUUGACCUGUACAACAACAAUAACAACGACAGCAAUACCUUGGACAGUCAUCACGUGAGCGAUUGCAGCAAGCUAGCGUCGAUAGCCAUGAAGGAUAAUACGUCGAAUGCAUUGCUAGAGAUCAACGCUAGCUUCGAUACCGCCAUCCUGAAAUCCACGGACUACACGAUGCUGAAUGCUACUCUUCAAACACAACAGCAACAGAACAACCUUCUACCACACAUGCAGCAACAGCAACAACAACAUUGCCAUCUACAGCACGACACCAUGGGAUUGGCACCGCAUCAUCAACAGCAGCAGCAGCAGAACCAUCAACAACAACAUCAGAACCACCUGCACAAUCAACUUGCAUCGCUCCAUUCGCACCAGCACCAGUCCUGUCUGGGUGGGAGCAUCAUCACGACCAACGACUUCCUGAUCCUGCCGGAACACGAUGGCAGUGAGUUCACCGACCUGGACAGCGGAAUGACUUCCUUCGCCAGCGGCCUCAACGGAAGCUGCCUGGCGUGACCCGUGUCCCCGCUGCUGCCGCUGUUGAUGCUGUAGUCUUCUCCUUUAACUAGUAGGUAUCUAGUUAGGUUCGUUUGAACGAAGACGACGACGACGAGUCUGUGUUUACCUUUUAGGAAUGUUUUUUGUGUCAACAAGUGGACUGUUAUGAUGUUAUCGUUGUUGUUGCCGUUGUUAAGGGAGUUCCCAAUCUCAAAUAUCCGUUAAACGGAGUAGUAGGCUCGUCGAUCACAGAGAAGUUACCCAGUGUGUGUUUAUCGCAUUUUUCGUUAGUCAUUUUCAAAAGCUUAACUUUUGCCUCUACCUAACCCUUAAACCUCUUUACCGUCAUCGAUCGUGCCCAUAUCUAGCUGUUUAAGGUCAAAGAUGUUUUAUGUUCCGGUUAGCUUUUGUCCCGGUGAGUGAUAACAAAGUGUGUUGUUAGGUUAUGUACCUACGCGCGCGUGUGUGUCAAAAGAAGUCAGGUUAGUUUCGCACAACAAUUCAGCCAACCUGCCAGCGCGAAAUGAUUGAUGAUGAUUCGUCCUCUAGCUGGUCGUGUCUUUUUUCUUUAAUUCUCUUUUAUGGCAGCCAGGCAAACGUUAAAGCUUUUGGUUGUGCUUUUUUAUACAACUUUUUUUUUUAAAUUCAUAAUCGUUGACUCUCGAAAGCCAUCCGUAUGUGUGUCUCUCUCUCUCGGUGUUUCGCUAAAGACACUUCCUCUUUUGUCACUCGUGACCCCGCGGAAAAACGUCGCAGGUGUAAAGAAGUUGGUCACCUACCCGUAUUCGGCGAAACGAAUGGAUGCAGGAAACAGAACGAAAGGGAAAGAAAUUUGAUAAGUUUUAAACUCUCUUUUUUCCUUCCUUCAUAUUCAACAGUAUAUAUUUCUUUCGAUUUUUAUUUUAUAUUUUAACAUCGUUUUAGCCUGAAGCAAACGUAAAAAACGACCAACGGCAAAAAGCUAUAUUUUAAACAAUAAACGGAAAUGCAUUCCUUAUUCGUUCGUAAGUUGUUCAGCACAGUCCAAACGCGCGCUAUUUUUUUUUUUGGAUACGCCUCUCCUACGCAGGAUUCAUAUUUUGACGCGGGUUUCGCAGUUCGGUUUCCGCAAAUUUUUCUCUUUCCCAUCGCCUUGCAACAGAACGGAGAAUGUUUGACGACGAAAAAAAAUCAUUUAAAUUAUUCUUACUUCUUAGCGUAUUGUGAUAUUUGGUGCCUUGCUCGAUUGCUGAUGGACUUUUCGUUCUUUUUGACUUACGUUCAAAACUAGUCAGGAAUAGAUUAUACCUUUUGGAGAAUUGGAAAUUUUCGACAAAUAAACACAAAACUAAUAGGGGAAAGUCGGGCAAGACGGACAAAUCCAAUGAUGAGAAUAUGUUUACCUAAAUGUAUCAACACUUUCGAGACCCUUACUUAUUUCACAUCAAGACAAAUAAAAACAAAACUUAUGGUUAAAAAACAAAUAGGGGAGAAUUAAAAGUUUUUCAAGUCUUGAUUUAUAUUUUCAAGUUGGAUAAAACUGUUGCUGAGACCCAGUAAACAUAUAAUGUGGAAACAUAGAAUGUUGCCAUGCCAUGGCAGUUCCGGACGGGACGUGUGCUGUAACAAACACGAGUCCAGAAUAAUUGACUCUCGGUUGGCAUCCGACGAAACUUAAGUUGAUAGAACAAAAGUCAAUCGUUAAGAAGUCAUAAAUUGGAUUAUAAUUAUUGGAGGUAACCAACUGUGGGUUCGCACGGAUUAUGCACUCUGUUGUGUUGUGAGCCUACUUUGUUGAAUGAUUUAACUGAAUCAAAGCAAUCGAAAGAUUCCUUUUAAUUCAACCACGGUAAAUGAAAAGUUCAUAACCAGUAUUUCGAUAGCAACUUCGAAUCGAAAACGUUCACUGAAGAAGGUAGUAAGUUGCUAUCGAAAUACUGGUUAUGAACUUUUCAUUUACCGUGGUUGAAUUAAAAGGAAUCUUUCGAUUGCUUUGAUUCACACGGAUUAUGAUUGCCUUGCAAAAAAGCUGGAGACGCCAGCAAAUGAAAUUUGGAUCCUGAAGGUUCAAGAUUGUUGAGAGCCAUCAGCAGGAAGCACUUUCGGAGUGGAAAGGAGAGAACAAACUAACUGUUUGAAGGUUAAAACUGGAAUGACUUCAUUUUUAACUUUGCGUUCUAUUUAUACUAGUCUGUUCCCUAGAGAUUCAUAGGGAACCAUAGUUACAAUAAUGUGGUUGUUAAUGAUAACACCAACAUGCGUGUGUUGUUAUUCAUCUCAUCGAUUACUUCGAUGAGACGAAUCUCAACAAAGAUGCUUCAGUACCGAGCGAGACUGUCUGUAGACUUUUCCGAAAGGCAAAUUUACAGAACUUUUUCGAAUUUUGACUGCUCGGAUUUCAGUGCCUGUUUUUGAUGCCAUUAAAGCCUUUCCCUUUUGAUGGGUUCAGCUGUGUGAAGACGAUGAACGCCUUAGCCUUCUUAUAUCUCUCGUUGAACAUUAUCAAUCUUGCUGCUGCAUCGACCGGGCGUUCUUGAUGUCCAUUUUCACACCAAUAGCUUCCAGGUAUCGUAUCCGGUACCAGCAAAUAUGGGUGAUUCCUGCUUUCGUGUUUGCCAUCUUAACUUCUUAGCGAAUUGAAUAUUUUCGAAAAUUUCCUCCAGACCCUUCUAGGCUGACGCGACUCAUAACCUAAAGAAGAAAACUAGACUAUGGUAUUUUUUACACGGUUUGAUUUUGCUUAGUUUUUCUAACACGGCUUCACGGUUUUUCUACACGGCUCUCGCCAAUCAAUACGUUUUAGGAGCGAAAACAUUCCAAGUCCUACGCGUUAACGACGGAUUUUAUACCGCGUAAACAAAAACUUUAGUGAAGUGUUGAAGGUUAUCGAAUUUGGUUUAUUACUCUCAUGAACAAAUUUUCUUCCCUAACCCUUCAUUUCAUGAUUUUUUUAUUUUUCCUUAAAAAUAAUUUUAAACAGUUUCAAAUGAUGAGUACAGUAAGAAAAAAAUUAAAAUAAAAUACAAUUUUUCACUUUUUUCAUACAAUAAUUGUUGCAAAUUUGUUACUUCAUGAAACUGCUCUUCCGACUGCUAUGAUCAACACAUUUACUGUCAUAUUGCUAAACAACAGUUUUCCAUGAACAUGUGAUAUAAAAUAGUUUGUCGGAAAAAAACAACAGCUUGUCUCAUCUGUUUGGUCCUUUCGAGUAAUUUCAACUGACAAUUUUUUAUCAAAUUAUUUUUUCAACUGGAUCACCCCUGGGGUCGCACUCUGGUAUCGGUAUCAUUUUAUUAGCUCAUCUUGGUAGACAACUUUAUUGUGCGAAUUGACUGAGUCCUGUUGAAGCCGUCCAAGACCUAAAUUUUUGACGUGUCUAGAGCUUAACAAUUCUUUUCUCCAUUUUAUAAAGCUUUGACCGAAAUUCACAACAAAGUUCGAACUGCAAACUUAAAGUUGAGGGCUGUCUGCCACUAAGUGCUGUUUUGAACCAAAACAACUUAAUUUUGAGUUUGGCAUAAGGAGCGUGGAACAGUGGUUCUAGUGAUUGGAUCUGGAUUGAAUAUUUUAACCAGGAGGACAACCAUCGGGAAAGACGUAAAACAUUUUAAGCACCACUGAUUUUCAGCGUGUGCUACAUGGCUAACUUUUACCCAAAACACGAACACGCAAAAAACAAAACUCUGAAACAAAUUUACUAUCUACUUAUAGGACAUGUUCAAAACCUAGGCCAGCUGAUAUUAUUUUAUCCUACUUACGGGUCAUUAUUUCCUACAUUAGUGGACAAACUGACAAACAAGACGAACAACAUCCAUAUCACAGUUGAUUCGGCACAGGAAUAAGGAGUGUAUCGAAAAUAAGUUAUAAACACAAUUUUUUUCAUUGUAUUGAUUUUAUUUAUGAUUCAAACAAAGAAACAGUUCGGAAGUGUUUUAAGAAGCUUCUUCAUCAGGAUUUGAACAGCUGAUUGAUCACACUUCUUGGCCGCAGCAUUCCAAUUUUUCUUGAUAACCGCCAUGGUCCUGGUGGCCUGUAAAGAAACUCGCCGACUCUAAUCCGCAGGAGCAGAUUGCCUAUCACACAAGCACUUUCUGGCCAAAUUUUUCCACCUCAAUCGACUUCUCGUUCUCGUUUUUGUUCAGCCGUUUAUUUGGACACUUUCUGCUUCUUGUAUGUCUUCAGGUUGUUCCGCUUUUUGAUCCGCUGUACCAUUCCGAUCGAUGUCCCAGCUUUUUUCGCCAAAUCCCGUAUGGACAUCGAUCAAUUUCGGUUGAUUACCUUACGGUUCAGAUUUGGGUCAGAUGGUCCUGGUUUUCUGCCUCUUCCUGGCAAAUCAUCGAACGUAUAGUGUUCCUUGAACUUGUGGAUGAUGGAUUUUACGCUCGCCGGAUGAAUGCCGAAACGUUUAGUCACUUCAUUCAUCGAGAUGCCCUUCUCUUGCAUCCAAGUUUCCAACACACGAAUUUUGACUUCUUCUUAAAUUCGCGACAUUUUGGGAGAAAGGAAUGUUUCAAACGUAAACAAAGCGCUGGUUCACUCUUGACAGAUCAAAAUGCUACAUACAGGUGAGCACAGUUGUUUGCGUUCACGCGUUAGUAAGUAGAAGGCCCUAAUAGGUUUAUAGUUAAUUUUUGAUACACUCCUUAUCACAGCUUUUGCGUCGGAACGGUUAUCACAGGAACUGGCAACACUGCUCCACGGGCGCACACUAACUGCCCGGAGCACCUCCGACUGCCUGCAGCUGGGUCUGUUGGCCACAUACUAGCAGAUUAAAAUGGGAAUUUAGCUCCUCAACAGCGGCCCAAAAAACAAACAUUGUUUCUCAAAAAUUUCUACAGCACUAUUUCUUCACUCACCCAGUUGGAGCCGUUGGUAUUAAUAAGCUGGUUCUACCUUCAGUUUUGCUCGGUUUGGCCUUCGGGGAUGAAUGUUAUUGCCACUGUUGGGGAGCUGAGGAAGAAUGGAUGUUUAUCCUAUCCAUGCUAACCAAUUCGUAUUCGCUUACCUUUAUCAGCUGAUGCGGAAUGGUCCGGUCCUUUGCGGGCUACAGCUCCUGUAUGCAACGGAUGGCACGAAACUUACGGCUAUUUUAAAUUGAAUCGCUGUACGCUUUUGUUUUGAUCCUUGUUUAUGUUUUUCCAUGUGUUUUUAUUUGACAGCUUACACUCUUAAAAUUAUAUACGCAUAUUUGGAUUCUAUUUCACUCUAUUGGUAGGAUUGACUACACACUCAAGACGAAACAGCUACACAUAUCUAAUUAAAACGCUACAGACGUUUAUGGUAAUUUCAUAGUUAAAAAAAAGUCAAAAUUUCAACCAAUGAAGUACCAAAUUGAUUGUUGUGUUAGUGUGCAAUCAACCAUAUUUUUCUAGCAUUUGACAUUUAAUUCGGGUCCUUGACAGUCAAAUGUCUGGAUUGUUUGGGGCCCAAAAAAAAGGUCGGGACCCAAACAUUGAUGGUUGUCAAAUUCAAUGACAACGGAUAGGGGAUCCCCCUGGUUUUUACUGAACUUUGUUUCUAAAUGUUUUCACAUAGGAGAAUACCCAAUGGGACACCUUUUAGACAACGCAAUCGAUGGAUGCUCGCACAAAACGGUCAUCGACUGUGACGAUUGCCCUAACUUUUGGUCCAGUGAAGCUAUCCUAUCUAUGGCUAUUUCGAGUUAAACUAGGUAUUUUGUGAAUUGAUUUUCAAUCUCUACUAAAAUUCUUAAAAAUUCAAGUCGAAUUCCUUCCUGGCAUAUUAAAUGAAACUUUUGAAGGAAAAGUCCAUCGGCAUAAAUCGACAGAAAACCAUUCGAGUCAUUCAAUUGUCAUUAUCCGAAGCACAACCACAGCCGUUCUUCCUUUUCUCCCAUUAUGUAUUUAUAAUCAUCAUGAACGCACAUUCAUCAUUGGUAUCUCUAUUCUCUAGUUAUGUAAGAAAGAAUAAAUUAGACUCAGCCAGCACACGUUUAAACGAGGGAAGCGCGCGCAAAUCCGCCUAAAUAGUUAGAACUGUAAGCCAAAACAAACAUAUG